CACAGCGAAAGAAUCUGUUGCAACCUAUUCGUGCGAAUUUAAUCCAUAUUCAAAAGCAAUGACAGGAUUUGACAGGCAAAUUAUGUGGAGGUUUAGGCGAUACGAAUCAUUUCAUCAGUAGGCUUAUUCUAUAACUUUUAAUGACAGUGCCCUUAUCGUUGCAUUGUCGUUUUGCAUAGCUUUUCUGCUAUACAUUAGGCAAUGACAAUGUAACGAUGACAAGGUUAUCGUUACAAUUUACAGAAUAAGCUUAUAAGGAAGUUGGAAAAAUAUGUUAUACAUUACAAAGUGAAGUGAAAUGCAGACGUGGAACGAUGUAGAACGGCGCACAGAGAGAACUGGAAGUUGAAAGUUCCGGACGCGGAGCACGUCCAGACACAACAUCCAAAAUCGAGACGUAAGAUAUCUUUAAGACUUCUUUAAGACGCCUUGUGUCCCGAUUUUGGAUAUUUCGCUAUCUAGGACGCGUUAGCGGAGCAAUCGAGGUGACAGAGACACCGGUGGACUUCGACGCGACAUGACGAGUAUCUAACAACUCAAACUAUCAACAUUCAAUCAUGGAGGAUAUCAUACGGUCUAUGCAGGAAUGCAAUGCCAUUCGUUACACAUCUUAUAGGACUGCCGUGAAGAUGCAAAUAUUACACAGAGAACUGAACAUGCAACAUGUACAGCUAGGAUUAAUAGCAGGAGUCUUUGAACGUCAUAGACUGUCCAUCACCGAAAACUGUGUUAAUCUGGAUCCAAGUGAAAUCGAGGAUGUUCUGUCCGAUAUAUAUUUCGCUGCGCAGAAAGAAAGUAAUUUCAAUUUCGACGUUGAUCUUGCGACAAAACUUGCCACUAAUUAUAUCUUGCGUACUUUUGACAAACAAAAUACUAGAAAUAUCUUAGUGUUCUCAGUGAAAGUUGCGUUGGUAUUGCUGAGCAACGGUAGGCUGCAAGAGAAGUACGGCUAUCUGUAUCAACAGUUAGCCGAUCACAAUGCAUGUUUGUCCCGAGCUAGUUUGCAUACAUUGUUAACCAACAUCUGCAAAAUAACAGAGAUGCUCGGAGAAAGCAUAGCGUACGGGUAUGAACAGAUUCAGCUGCACAUAGACGCCUGUUUCGUGAAGUCUCAAGGUUGCCUCGGUGUCACCGAAGCAGAAUUCGCCGCGUGGAUCAUGCAGGAACCACCUCUGUUGGUCUGGAUAACGACGUUCAAUCGAAUCAAAUCAGCAGAACACAUUGUACACAACGUGAGAUGUUCCUCGUGCAAGGUAACACCUGUGCAGGGACCGAGAUACACGUGCUUGAAAUGCACGGGGUACCAUCAGUGCCAGGAUUGUUUUCUCUUAGGCAAAACCUCAAACAAACACAAGCUGAAGCAUCCGAUUCGCGAGUAUUGCGUGAAGACUUCACAUCGCGAAGUUACCAAACUGAUCAUCGAGCUAAUCAGAAACAAGCUAAGAUUGUGUCCCACCAGAACAGUCGCGAUAAACGCGGAGGAUGUAGUCGCGGAUGCUGUUAGUAACGAGACAAGACGGGCGGACUGUGGUUCAUUGAGGAGCACGAUCAGGCGAAAAAUUCUCAGCGAUCCACAGAAGGAAUUACAAAGUAUCAUAACGCACUUGGAGGAGGAGAAUCGGCAACUGCAGAUCGAGCUGUUAGACAUACGGGGCACCAAAGCAGAGAGGCUGCAACGGCACAGAGCGACCAUCGAGUCUCAGUUGCAACGAUUGAAAACGCUCAAGAAAUACUUGUUCACCGACACGGCUCAAGCGCCGCAGAUCAUCACUCGCAUGCAGAGCACUCCGAUGCUGCCGCCCUUAUCAUCCAGACUCACAGCCUUGCCCUUGGAAUUCGAGCUGAGCCCAAUUAUCAGGCAGGAUAACGUUCAACAAGGGCUCAAGUUGCAUCAUAGGAAAAACAAAGCAACAUCGAGCACCUUCAAUACGUCGUUACCCAUAGAGCGUACGGCGGAAGAGGAUAACGCUAACGCUCUUCCCUGUAUCGAGGAGGCCUCCACGAGUUCUGGAUUUAACAUGCCGGAGAGCAGUCGCAUAGAAUUAAGCACGUGGAUCGGAGGCACAAGAAUGGGGGAAAUGAAUCCGACUGAUAGUGGUUUCUCUCAGUGGUUGGCCGCCGGCAACCCGACCUGCAAAGAGGACAACUAUACGGCUAACACGGCGGUUAGCAGCACGGAUAACGACUUGUCACUGGCGGCUUCUCAAUCCCCCACCGGCAUCCACAGGGACAAUACUCCGUCCUCCUUGCAGCGUCCUGAUAAACACUCGCAGCACAGUAGCUUGCAGAAUAUCCAAGGAGAUCUUAAUGAUAUUUUAGACAGACUGCAAAAUAUGGUCGCCAACGAUUGCUUACUCGACGAGUCAUACGACGGCAAUGACAAUUGUAAAUUAAAACGUGCUACCACGGAGAUGGAAGAUUUAUUAACUGGCCUCAUCGAAGGUAUGGAAUCUCGCAAAAGUAAACUUACUACAAUUGUCUGAAGACUGCUUUAAAUAUAAAUCUAGAUAAAUCUAGACGUCGUGACGUUUAGGAAUCUUUAGGUCACAUUUGAUUUUUCUUUUACUUUCAUCGCAAUCGCAAGCACUUACUUUUUUCAUCUUUUCGGCAAGCUUAUUUCAUUGACAGUGGCUUGUAAAUAUCCCAUUUUACGAUAUUAUGUAACAUGUGUCCAAAGAAAGAAAUGAAUGUGAUCUAAUUAUUGUGAACGAUAACGGUUGAUACGAAAAUCGCCGAUAUAUUAUUACACGUCGAUAAUCAAAUAGCUAUACUUAGGACUAAUUGCAAAUUAGCUGCUCGAAAAAUCAAAUAUUUUUAUACGUUUUGUACGCGUAUUUAUGUAAUAUCUGUGCAAUCACACGAGAGAAAUAAUCUGUUAAGAUUUUUAAAAGAUUUCGAUAAUGAUUACGAGAAACUAUGUUAUAGCUAUAGCGUAUAGUUUCUAAAAGAUUUCUCUAUGACAGAGAGAAACGAUGUGCAUAAAUUUUGUAUACUUGCACGUCAUUUUAAAGUUUAAAAAUCAAUUUAUACUUGCGAUAAUUAUAGGAUAAUUGUGUAAUAUUUACUUCAAUUACGCUGCAAUGCGAAUAGUCAUUUAUCAGUUCCGUCCAUUUUUUAAGUCUCUUGAUGCACCGUCUGAUUUUGCCUGUUUGCAUUAUCCACGCACUCUCUUACAAGACGCCAUAUUUCUACAUCAAAGUACAAUAUACUUUAUUUUCAGUAACAUAAAAGUUUUACUUACGUACACUCGAUCUUCUUGUCGCACAUUCUUCCAAUACAUGUAAAAAGCGGCGGAUUCCCCCGCCUCUGAUUAUACGUAUAUAAACGAAUAUCUUUUACAUUCUACGUUAAAGAAUAACAUGCGUCGUUGAUCGAAUUUAUAGGACCGACUAGAUGAUUGAUUGUGACGUAAUCUACGUACAAGAGA